GACGAUGCGAGUAUCGAGGCCGAACUUCGAAUUCCGCGUUGGUAAAACAGUUAACGUUUCAUCGAAAAUUAGGUUGAACAGAAACUGAUUCAAGCGCUACCUCAGUUAUUGCAUUCAACUAAGAUCAGUGAUUACAGAUUUCUCAUUGAAUACAGAAAUCUUUCCCUGGAAAGAUUUUAUCAAAUUUAUGAGGUUAAGAUAACCAAAAAAAAAUGCCACAAGGAACAAGGAAAAAACCAUUUAGCGGUAAAGCAAAAAAACAACAAUUGCAAGCUAAAAAACAGCGACAGACUUCCACUUUGUUCGGAGCUGGAAGUCAUACCAGAGAUAAUGAACAGAGAGCAAAUUAUGGCGAUAACUUGGAAUUCUGUAGCAUACAAAAGAUCAACAAACAACCAAAAGAUGACAAUUCUUCCAAAAACAGAUAUGCCUUACAGUUCUUUCAAGAGAGCAAAGAGGAAUUAAUGAAACGAAGGGAACAAGCUAGACAGAGUAUUGAACCUUUAUCUCUUAAAGACCAAGAGGUUUCUGAUGAUUAUUUUCCACCAGAAAUUGAUAUUCCCAAAAGACCACCAUGGGAUUUUAGCAUGUCAAAAGCACAGUUAGAAAUGAGAGAGCAAAAGUAUUUUACUGAAUAUGUAAAAGAUAUGAUAAAGUUGAACUCCAUCAGUUACUUUGAACUAAAUUUAGAAACUUGGAGACAAUUAUGGAGAGUCUUAGAAAUGUCUGAUGUUCUGUUAAUUAUUGUUGACAUCAGGUAUACCGUGUUAAUGUUUCCUCCAUAUUUAUAUCGUCACAUAACAAAUGAAUUGAAGAAAGAUAUGAUCUUGGUAUUAAACAAAGUUGAUCUAGCUCCUCCAGCCUUAGUGGUAGCAUGGAAAGAAUAUUUUAGUAAAAUGUAUCCUAAAUUGCAUAUUUUGAUGUUCACAUCGUAUCCUACUUACAAUUUACGCGGGAACGUAAGCGAAACGGAAGGAUUAAAGCAAAGACGUAGAAAAGGAAAAUUAAGGAUGGCUGCAGAAGGGGCACAAAAAUUACUGGAUACUUGCAAACAGAUUGUCGGAGAUAACGUAGAUUUGACUUCUUGGCAGAAUAAAAUUCAGGAAGAAAUGCAAAUGGAAUUUGAUUUAGACGACGUUAGUCAUAAAGAUAGCGUAACAAUUGAAAAGGAAGAUACAAGUUACUUUGAACACGAACGUUAUAAAAACGGGGUUUUAACUAUCGGAUGUAUUGGAACUCCAAAUGUUGGAAAAUCAUCUUUGAUGAAUGCAUUAAUGGGGAAAAAGGUUGUAAGCGUAUCGCGAACACCUGGACAUACUAAACAUUUUCAAACUAUAUUUCUUACGAAAACUGUUUGUCUCUGCGAUUGUCCAGGACUGGUGUUUCCAUCAACGGUACCGAAACAAUUACAAAUAUUAAUGGGUUGCUUUCCGAUUGCUCAAGUUAGAGAACCGUAUACAACAGUUAAAUUUCUAGCCGAACGAAUAGAUGUACCAAAGUUACUGAGCAUACAACACCCGGAGAACGAUGAUACGUGGUCCGCCGUCGACGUUUGCGAUGGCUGGGCCUUAAAACGGAAUUUCGUAACUGCACGAACCGGUAGAUUGGAUAGUUACAGAGCAGCUAAUUCAAUAUUGAGAAUGGCGCUUGAAGGCAAAAUUUGUAUAUACGUAUAUCCACCACAGUGGGUCGAUAACAAAGAAAAAUGGGAGCAACAUCCAGAAGUUGAAAUAGUAAGGUGGAUUCAAGCUAGAAAUAAAGGAGAAGAUCCUGCCGACACGGGAAAGGUAUAUUCGUCAUCUGAAGAUGAAGUCGACGAGGAAGAAAAUUUAGAAAAUGAGAAACAACAGAAAGAAGAGGAAUCUGAUAAUUCUGAUGAUACAUCGAGCGAAGAAUCAGAAAUUCCACGCGUUGUUAAUAAAUUUGAAGCACUGUCUGCGUAUUGAUCGAGGAAUCGACUGGUUAUCGAUUACUCUUAAAUAUAUAUUUUAUUAAUUUUUGAGUACAUGUUACUUACGUUAGGCUAUCUAUUUACAACAAGGUAGAGUAUAAUAUUUAUAACGAAAUGUUUCAUAAGUAAAAACGUUAUAUAUAUAUAUUACACGCAUUAUUGUUCUGCAUCUAAUAUUUUCUAAUUAUUUAUUGUACUGCUGUUUAUAUACACCUUUGCUUCUGCCAUUGUUUCGUUGGUCCACUAUACAGCAAUAAUUUAUUAAAUUUAGUUGUUGUACAAGAACAACCAUUUCUUUUUUAUUGCGCUAUUCAAAAUUCCUUGAAAAGAGAGAACAUUUUUCGAGCGAUCUAAAAUAAUAGAGAUACAGGAUAAUCGAACUAUUAAGGCCUAUCAAAUUUAUGUGAUAAAUGCAGUGCAAAGCGGAUAAAUGUUAAAUCUUGAAAAAAUAUGCUAUAUACGUUUAUGUAUACCUGUAACAUGCGAUAUUAAAGCGAUUGUUAAUACGAA